AUCGUCUGGAAACCAACACCGGCAUAACUCUUAGUUUCCCGCCAAAGAACAUGAGCGUGUACAGGGGCGUCAAGUUCAUCACACUACCGUUUACGGAGGAGAACGAUAAUAAUAAUAGUCGGCGCCGCAUGACGAUGGAAGCGGACGUGCUGGAAACGAUGGGAGCGAACAGCGCGGCUGCGGCGGCGCGCCUGCACCACAUCCACCACGUGAAUCCUGACCACCACGGAAGCGGCUUCCUGGCCAUGAACUGCAUGAGGCAGAGGGGACAACUCUGCGACGUCAACCUGUUGGCGGGAACGGACGUCAUCGCCGCCCACAAGGUCGUGCUCGCCUCCUGCAGCGCUUACUUCCACGCCAUGUUCAACUGCGAGAUGUCGGAAAAGGAUAAGUCAUCAAUCACGAUGCAUGACGUGGAUCCGGGCGCCCUGCAAUUACUCGUAGAUUUCGCUUACACAGGAGAAAUACUGAUUUCGGAAGAUAAUGUUCAGGUGCUCUUGCCGGUGGCUAGCCUCCUUCAGGUGCAGAGCGUCCGCGAGGCUUGCUGCAAGUUCCUUCUUCGACAGUUGCAUCCCUCCAAUUGUUUGGGCAUCAGGAGUUUUGCGGACGCACACUCGUGCGAGGAACUUCACAGGAAGUCUCACAAGUACGCACUGCAGAACUUCCAGGAAGUGGCUCUCACAGAGGAAUUUUUACUACUGCCUUUUUGCGAGGUUCGCGAUUUAAUAGCUAGUGAUCAGCUCAACGUUUUAUCCGAAGAAAUAGUCUACAAAGCCAUUGUCACUUGGAUACGACAUGAGCCCACCACGCGAGAAAGGUACCUAGGAAAAUUACUGCAUCAUGUCCGUCUUCCUCUCACGGGAAGGGAUUUCCUUCUCGCACAAGUGGCCGAUGAACCCCUUCUGCAAGGAAGUCAAGAAGGCAAGGAUCUGCUUAUAGAAGCCAUGAAAUAUCAUCUGCUACCAGAGCAGAGGAACAACAUGGUUUCGAUUCGGACGACACACAGAAAACCUGAGGGCCUCAGGCCCUACCUCUUCGCAAUAGGUGGUGGAUCCCUCUUUGCCAUCCACUGCGAAUGUGAGUACUACAACCCGAGGACAGACAGGUGGUCUCCAAUAGCUUCCACAUCUCAUCGGAGAUCCCGUGCUGGAGUGGCGGCUGUUGGACGAUUGGUUUAUGCAGUUGGAGGAUAUGAUGGAACAAAAGAUCUGUCAUCAGCUGAAUCUUAUAAUCCUCUGACCAACAAGUGGACUUCCGUUCAACCCAUGGGCACCAAACGAAGCUGUCUCGGUGUUGCCUCCCUGAAUGGAUUACUGUAUGUGGCUGGAGGAUACGAUGGAGCGUCUUGUUUGAACAGCGUAGAAAGGUACGACCCUUUGGUAACCACAUGGUCAUCAGUCAUUGCCAUGGAGACCAGGAGGAGAUACUGCAGACUUGGGGUCCUUGAUGGUGCUAUUUACGCAGUCGGAGGGUAUGAUGGGAUAAACUACGUUUCAUCAGUUGAAAGAUUAGAUCCACGGGAAGGCAAGUGGCAGCAAAUGCCGCCCAUGAUAAACCGCCGAAGCAGCUGCGGGGUAGCUGCCCUGGACGGCAUGCUCUACGUGGUCGGAGGCAACGAUGGCAGCCUCUGCAUGUGUAGCGUUGAACGAUUCGAUCCCGUCAAGGGCGCGUGGGAAGCCAUGGCGUCCAUGCACACGAGAAGGACCACCCAUGAAGUUGUAGAAACAGAAGGCUAUCUCUAUGCCAUUGGAGGAAACGAUGGCAGUUCGAGUUUGAGCACUGUUGAGAGAUACGAUGCGAGACACAACAAAUGGAUGCUGGUGACAUCAAUGACGCUCAGAAGAAGCAGUAUAGGUGCAACAGUUCUAGAAUGCCCAAACCUAGAACGUAUUCUUACAUCAGAUGGUGCUUAA